AUGCAAAAAGAAGCACCACCAAGGAUAUGGUCUGCUCUGAUGUACAGUAGGGCCGUUCCAGAGACGACUAAGGGCAUUGCUGUGGAACUAGAAAUGGGAAUUUUCCACUGGCCCACAGAUAUCAUGCGCAGGAGGGUGAUGAUAAUCACAGAAGCCAUCUGGGGUUAUUUAUUGCAUCUCAUGUCCGAACUGACGGCCCAUGAGUUCCACUUUGCUUACGCCGGAAAAAAACGAAACGACAACAUAUGUAAGGAACGUCUCUACGACCACUGCCAUAACCGUUGGAGUGAUAUUUAUAAUAAUUGCAAUCGUCUUGGCGGUCUGCUUCGUAACAAGGAACGUGCGAAGAAGGCGCGCAAAACACCUACCUUACCGCACGUCACUGCCCGCAUGUCGUUCAACAAGCUAUCAACGCACAAGGAGGCAAUUAUCGUUAAUCGUCGUUAUACCCCUGCCAACAAGGUCCCUAGCCCCAUAAGGCUAAUUGACUUUGAAACUGAAGUGAAGCGUUACGCGGAACGUCAUUUCGAAUGUCUCAGCAACGAAUUCAAGAAACACGAUCCGAAACUUGAAGCUGCACUUGCCAAUUGUGCCAAGCACUUGUGA